CGUCGCUCUUCUCCCUCAUCUCGACCAUGGGCCCGCGGAGCCGCGAGCGUCGGGCUGGAGCAGUACAGAGCACUAAUGACAGCAGCGCCCUCAGCAAGAGUUCCCUGGCCGCGCAUGGGUACGUACUCGACCCCUUUGCCGCGCUGCUCGUUCCGGGGACUGCGCGGCGCGCGCCGCUCAUCCACCGCGGCUACUACGUCCGCGCACGCGCCGUGGGGCAUUGCGUACGCGCCUUCCUGGAACGGACGUGCGCGGCUCCGAGUGCUCUUCGACCCCAGAUCUUGUCCCUGGGAGCGGGUUCAGAUUCGCUGUAUUUUCGCCUGAAAUCUGCGGGCCAUUUGGCCGGGGCUGCAGUCUGGGAAGUAGAUUUUCCGGACGUGGCCCGGCGCAAGGCAGAGAAGAUUCAAGAUACGCCGGAGCUGUGCGCGUUAACUGGGCCUUUCCAGACCAGGGCGUCCGCGCUGUGCUUUGAGAGUGUGGACUACCGCCUCCUAGGGGUGGACCUGCGACAGCUCUCGCGUUUGGACCAGGCCCUGGCCGCCACUGGCCUUAACGCGGCCGCACCCACUCUGCUUCUAGCUGAGGCUGUGCUGACCUACCUUGAGCCGAAAGAUGCCGCGGCCCUCAUCGCCUGGGCAGCCCAGCGUUUUUCUGAUGCCAUUUUCGUGACCUACGAGCAGAUGAGGCCGCAUGACGCCUUUGGCCAGGUCAUGCAGCAGCAUUUUCGGCAGCUCAGUUCUCCCCUGCAUGGCCUAGACCUCUUUCCCGACGUGGACGCCCAGAAGCACCGCUUCCUUCAGGCUGGCUGGACUGCCUGCUCUGCCGUGGACAUGAAUGAAUUCUAUCGCUGCUUUCUCCCCUCAGAAGAAUGCCAGCGCGUGGAGAAUCUUGAACCUUUUGAUGAGUUUGAGGAGUGGCAUUUGAAGUGCGCCCACUAUUUCAUUCUGGCCGCUUCUAGGGGAGACACUCUUUUUAAAACUCUGGUGUUUCCACCCUCAGAGAUGUUUCCUCGAAUAGAUCCUGCUUCUCCAUCAGGCGUCUUCCCUGCCAGUGUAGUCACUAGUGACAGCAAAGGCCCAAACCUUAAGAGAUAUGGGCAUGCCUCUGUCCUUUUGAACCGAAACAUUAUUCUUAGUGCAGGAGGAUUUGGAGAGCAGGAAGGGCGGCAUUGCCGAGUGAGCAAGUUUCACUUGCUUUCAAGACAUGGUGACUUCGAAUGGAAAAGCAACCAAAUAUGCAGUUGUGAGACUGGAGCCCAGUGGGAUGGGCGCCUUUAUCACACCAUGACGAGACUUUCAGAUACUGAGGUUUUGGUUCUUGGAGGGAGACUGUCCCCAGUAACUCCAGCGUUGGGGAUUCUCCAACUUGGUAUCUCUAAGAGUAAGGAUAAUACGACUAAGGAUCUAAAUGUAACAAUAACAAAGGCGGAUCCAGAAGAUUCCACGUUGUCAUGUUGGCGGCAUUCAACAACAGAAGUGUCCUAUGACAAUCAGAAAUACUUGUUUGUGUAUGGGGGUCGAAGUGUGGUAGAACCUGUACUAAGUGACUGGCAUUUCCUACAUACGGGGACAAUGGCUUGGGUCAGUAUCCCAGUAGUGGGGGAAGCACCUGAAGGUCGGCAUUCACACAGUGCCUGCAGCUGGCAAGGGGGAGCCCUUAUUGCUGGAGGUCUGGGUGCUUCUGAGGAGCCACUAAGUUCUGUACUCUUUCUAAAACCAAUCUCUUGUGGAUUCCUCUGGGAAUCCAUAAUCAUCCAGCCUCCCAUUACACCAAGGUAUUCCCACACAGCUCAUGUGCUCAAUGGGAAGCUUCUACUAGUUGGAGGGGUCUGGAUUCAUUCUUCCUCAGUUCCUGGAGUGACUAUAAUUGAUUUGACUACAGGAUUGAGCUCUGAGUAUCAGAUUGAUACAACAUGUGUGCCAUGGCCAUUAAUGUUACACAAUCAUACCAGCAUCCUCCUUCCUGAAGAGCAGCAGCUCCUGCUCCUUGGAGGUGGUGGGAACUGCUUUUCCUUUGGCACCUACUUAAACCCCCAUACAGUGACAUUAGGCCUUUCUUCCUUACGUGCUGGACAGUAGGACUGAACUUUUUAUAUAUUGACGACCCACUUAGACAAUAAAAGUUUGCACAAACAGGA